AUGUUUCAAAAGGUCAUUUUGUUUCUUUUGUUUAUUACGCACCGGCGAACACUUGUUGAGAGUUGUCAAGUGCUUUUCGUGAUCGAUGGCUCGAGCUACUACAGCUCUUUUCAAGCCGAGCUCACAGCAGUCACCACGACGGCCACCAUUCUCUAUUCGACAAAUGGCAUCGGGUUCAGUGCGAAUUAUUGGCUUUACGGAGCCGGGGAUACGGAUCAGCCGAUUCCUAACAAUUUUCUCCGAUCAAAAGACGAUUUCGUUGAUGGUGUGCGCGAUUUGAGAGCGAGUAGGGGAAACGAGACGAUUGUCGGAGCCACAAAUAAACUCAUCGAGUGGACAACAUCGGAUGCUCUCAUUGUGCUGUACACGGCCAGUCCCCAAGCCCUCGUCACGGCGGCCGGGAAGAACUACACUUUUCAGGGAAAAACGAUUGUUUUGCAUAUAAAUGAUGGGAUCGAUGUGAGUUCCCUCUCCAACUACCCAAGUCCUUCAAUAUUCGACUAUGGGAUGCUGACCGGAUUGAUUCAAAGCACGUGCCUACUGUUGGAGGGUUCUUCGUCGACGACUUCUUCACAAUCAACAACAGAAGCUUUCUUUUCGACUACUCCAUCCCCCACUCCUCCCGAAUGCCAUGCCAUCUUUGUGAUCGACGGUUCCUCGCUUGUGAAAAGAACACGGUUAAAGUGUCUGCUUGGUUCGCGUACAACAACCCGGAGAUUCGCUUCACAGCCAACAUUUGGAUACGUUUACAAUGUCGUCGACCCGUUGGCCAGCUAUGAUGGGAAUGAGACUUUGAGGGGGGCGUGUUCCCGACUGAACGAUUGGCCUUUGCCGGACAAUGUGACGUUCGUUGUGCUAUUCACUGCCGGUAGCCAAGCCGAUGUCGAUUCUGCGAAAGCAGUGUUCUUGCUGAGAGCUUCGACCAUUGGAAUUCCACUUAUUGACGGUGUCGACCUUUCUGAAAUCGCCACCCAAACAGCUGAUUUCCACGACUAUGAUUCGAUUAACGAUGCCAUCGAUUACAUGUGUUUAAAUGGAAUGCCUAAAGCA